GCCUAGCCAUGUAAACAAGGAACAGCUGAGACACACCUUCCCUAUCAACACGGAAGACUAAGUGUGGCCCCACACCACCACCACCCACCCUUCCUGCACAUGCCACACUCACCUUCACCGCUUACGGGGGGCUCAGUAUAACCAAUGUAGCACAUAACCUCACGUUACACACGUCACAUACGGCACAAAGUAAGCGAAAACCACGGUGGCCGAGCAGGUGUUGAUGUGAUGCGUGGAGCUUCACCUUAAAUUUUCGGUUACUACACGAGUCUUGGUGGGCGAUGUGAUCGUCUUCCCUGCUUCUUUGUGAGUGCGUGACCGUGUGCAAUGAAAGGCGUGGACGUAAGGCGACGGUAAGGCAUAGGAAGAGACAACAAUGAAUCGUCAGGAAUUUUCCACGGGAAGGCUCCAUGCAUCCAGAGUGCUGCAGGAGUUGUGUUCCCUGAGGCACCUGGAAUCCCUGUGUGAUGGCCUGGUGCGGCUCUCUGACGGCUCCGUGAAGGUCAACAAGGCAGUCCUGGCCUCGGGAUGCCCUUAUUUCAGAGUUCUGUUUGAGUUUGAGGAAGGCUCCCAGCAAGGACUGAAUCGCACAGCUGAGCCAACACUGGACAUCACCUGUGCCACCUUUCAGGUUAUUCUAGACUUCAUUUACACAGGAAAAGUUGUUAUUGACAAUGAUAACAUAGAGGAGAUCCUCAAGGCCAGUGAUCUGCUUCUUAUGACAGAUUUGAAGGAGCUCUGCAUUCAGUACCUGCUUGGGAAGAUUGAUGUGGACAACUGCUUGGGGGUGAUGCAGUUUGCUCAACAGUUCUCCUGUCCAAGGCUGGUCCAUUAUGUGAAGGAUUUCAUCUGUGAACAUUUUAAGCAUAGGCAAAUUGUAAGGACAGAUGAAUUCCGUGCACUGAGUGAGGAGCGGCUGAAGGAACUGUUAGCCCAGGAUGGUCUCUCUGUGAAGUCCGAGGUGGACAUCUUGACAGCUCUGGUUGUCUGGCUCAAUUCAAACCUCUCUGCAACACCAGACAUUGAGUCACUGGUUACAACCUGCCUGCGUGAAUCAUCUGACCUGAACUAUGACCCAAAGUUCCAGCGUGCCCUGCAGGACUUGCGGGCAUCUGUACCACCUUGGGACUCCCCUGGGGCAGAAGGGAUCCGGGAUGCGCUCAGGAAGACCCGCCGCAUCAGGUCCAUCCGUGAGCGAGGCACCAAGACUGUGGUGGCAUGCUGUGAUGGGAAGGCAGCCGUGUACCUGGUGGAUGUGCUGGACUCAGGGAAGCACUGCAGCAGCCAUGUUAUGCUGCCGCCGAUGCUGGUCCCAAGAAUCAGGCCAGCAUUGAUAGUAGAGGGCGGUUAUCUGUUUGUCUUGGGAGGAAUGAGGCCAGGGAAGGAGAAGCAGAUGACAAGUGAUGUACAGCGUUAUGACCCAACCACCAACACCUGGAUGCUCAUGUCCCCCAUGCCCUACUGCUGCUGCUCCCCACACGUUGUCUCACAUGCAGGGAAGCUUUAUGUCAUGGGUGGCUUCAAUGAUGAGGUUGAGCUUGAGAUUCCCAACCUUGAGGAGUUUGACAUUUACACCAACAAGUGGAGGAGUCUUCCGCCCAUCCCCAAUGUACGGUGUGGAGCAGCAGUGGCAGUGGCAGAUGGCAAGAUCUACUAUAUUGGUGGGUCACCGUGGAGGGAGCCACCCAUUGGUAGUCUUUAUUUCAAAGUCUUGGAUGCUGUUGAAGUAUUCUGCAUAAUGGAAGAGAUAUGGAUGGCCGGUCCCCCUCUUAAAGUGAGGAGGAGUCAUGCUGCUGCCGUUUCACAUAACGGUACAGUGUUUGUCAUUGGGGGAACACGGCCAAUAGAAUGUCCAAGUGCACAGGGACAGCUCAAGGUAACAGGCACAGAGGCUCUCUUCAGUGACUCUCCGGUGGGAUGGACACAAUUUCCCAACUACACUGUCCCUAAUGAGGCCAAGAUCCAUACUAGAGCCCUGGCAGACAAGGACCACAUCCUCAUAAUUGGCAAUGCUGACCUCACCGACGUACAGCGUUUCAACUCCUUCCUUCUGGAGGGAUCUGGUUGGACUGUGCCACCAGGGUGUGAAAGCAUAUUGAGGUCGGGCAACAAGGCAUUCCACAGCUAUGCUCUCCUCACCUUACCAGCAGCAGCUAUGCAGCAGCUCCGCUCAGAAGACACUGAAUAGACCCGUAAAGUAACAAACUCAUCAUGAAGUAUUUCCUAAUCAGUGGCAGUUAUAGAUUGGUUGUGAACCUCCACCAGAAGAAACCCCCAAAUCCAAACCCUUAAACACACUAACAUGAAAUCACUCACUUGGAUCCACAAGCGUGGGCCACACCUGCGUCCACUUUAUCUUCCAUCCAUCACUCAGCCAUUACAAUCUGAAAAAUUUGUAGCAAAUGGUAUUCAUUAUCCUCUGCACCUAGGCUCUUCAUUCAACAGUGUACACUUUCACCAACAUAUUGCUCUCAAAGGUUCUUCAGUGACAAGAGCUGGGACUUUGCUGCCUGCUGAGUUUCUUAAGUAACAAGAAACCAGGAGCAAAAACACUCUAAUCCAGUAUGAAUACAUCAUUACAUGGACUAUUUGGUGUUGGCCACCUUCACUCAUUCACCAGUCACCAAAUGUUGGUGUUAAGCAGACACUUGCCAAAAGCUAACUCAGAAAAUCAACACAAAUACUGUGGGUGUUGUAUACAUCUUAUAGACUGUACUAGUAUCUCUACUGAUAGUGUUGGUGUUAGCAGUGAGGAAGGAGAAAUUCUCUAUGAUAUACACAAUUUGAAAAGUGUUUAAGUAAAGACUGAGGCAACACUGCCCAAACAUGGUACAUGCAGUGAGUGGUGCCCUCUCCCCUCAUGUGGCGGUGAGUGGUGCUGCUGAUGCUGCUGCUGCCAUCAUGUACAACACAUGCCAGCUGUUACUGGUUAUGGCAGCUGCUCCAAACCAAGCCAAAGGGUCACACAGCUGGUGUCAGUUCGUUCUUUUACAACUUACGGGUGUUCAUUUAAGAUAACACUUCCAUGGGAAAUGGUUGUCACAAAGGUAGCCUAGUGUACCAGCAGCUUACUAGAUAGGCUCCAUAGUGUGUCACUAUUCUGAGUACAUAAAUAUGAUGUAUUAUGUUGGCAUUACAAGGCUCCAUAAUGUAAUGGUUGAUACUGCCUGCAAGUGUUGUGUUGUUGAGGCAUUACAGAGUCUGUGAUCCAGUCUGGGAUGCCACAGCUUGCUAUCAAUCAGACAAGUGAGUCUUUGAUACUAACUGAUUUUAAAAAUGUCCAAGUUGAAUAUAUUAUUAUUUUAA